GCUCGGUUCUCAAAACAGAUCCAGACAAAAAUCAAGGACCUUCUGCAACAAAUGGAGGAGGGGCUGAAGACUGCAGAUCCACAUGACUGUUCUGCCUAUACUGGCUGGACUGGCAUUGCCCUCUUAUAUCUGCAACUGUACCGUGUCACGAAAAACCAGAGCCAUUUGCAGCGAUCUCUUGAUUAUGUGAAGAGAAUCCUUCGUAAUCUGAAUGGCAGAAGAGUUACUUUCCUCUGUGGCGAUGCUGGGCCACUGGCAGUGGGUGCAGUGGUUUAUCACAAGCUGAAAAAUGACAGUGAAUCUAAAGAAUGUAUUGCCAAAUUGUUGCAGCUCCAAAGGACAGUUAUAAACCCAGACGCUGAACUUCCAGAUGAGCUGCUUUACGGCAGAGCAGGUUACCUAUAUGCCUUGCUGUACCUGAAUACUGAAAUUGGUCCGGACACUGUCCCACAGUCUGUUAUCAAAGAGGUAAUAGAUGCUAUUAUUGAAUCGGGGAAAAACUUCUCGAAGGAGGAGCGGAAGACAGACCGUUGUCCUUUGUUGUACCAGUGGCACAGGAAGCAAUACGUUGGAGCAGCCCAUGGGGUGGCUGGGAUCUAUUACAUGCUCAUGCAGCCAAUCGCAAACGUGGACCAGGAGACCCUGACAGAGCUGGUGAAGCCAAGCAUUGACUAUGUGCGUCAUAAAAAAUUCCGAUCUGGGAAUUACCCAUCGUCACUGAGCAAUGAGACUGACAGACUAGUUCACUGGUGCCAUGGUGCCCCCGGAGUCAUCCACAUGCUCAUGCAAGCUUAUAAGACCUUUAAAGAGGAUAAAUACUUGAAAGAUGCUAUGGACUGUAGUGAUGUCAUCUGGCAGAGAGGUUUAUUGAGAAAAGGAUAUGGAAUCUGUCAUGGUACUGCUGGCAACGGCUACUCCUUCUUGUCUCUCUACAACCUAACUCAGGACAAAAAGUACCUCUACCGGGCUUGCAAGUUUGCUGAAUGGUGUUUGGAGUAUGGUGCACAUGGAUGUCGUAUUCCUGACCGACCUUAUUCUCUCUUUGAAGGCAUGGCUGGAGCUAUUCACUUCCUCUCAGAUAUUUCAGUACCGGAGACUUCCCAGUUUCCAGCGUUUGAACUUGGACCUCAAAGGAGGGAAAACAAAGUGGAACAGGACAGCUAAAAGAUCAUUUGGAAAGAAAGCUGAUGCCAAAAGAGAUGAGACUGCUUAGUGCCUCUGAUACUGAACCAACUAGACCCUGAGCCGACGGAUGGAUAAACUCCUUUUCUCAUCCCCAGCCCCCCGCUGCCCCAAAGGACCAUGAAGGCAUUAGAGCAUGAAUGGGAGAAGCCACAUUUAAGUUCUGUUAAAGCCACACCUUCAGACGUAGGACAAGAGAAGUCAAGUUUUGAACUUUCUCUCUUCCGUUGUAUUUGUCUUCUUCAGGUCUUUGACAUGCUCUGCAUGUUUAUUGGUGUUGUCUGUUGAUCCGAGUCUUUUGUUGUUAGC